AUGACGGCACUUUUGGAAUCUCCCACAAGGCCGCCCAGAACGCCGUUCCACGACUCCACGCUCCUAUCGAUCACCUCCGACAACCUACGUCCGUCGAUGGGUUCCAAACGGUCGGGCGACGAGGCUCCCAAGUCGCCGAAACGAGUCGAUCUCGGCGCGCGCAAGACACCGUUUCUUCUGGCUGUUAGCCGCUCGAAAUCGUCCAUGGCGGACUUCGCCAGACCCACGCUCGAGAUGCCUCCGUCUCUCCAGCGCAGAGUGACCAUGUCUCCACCGAAGCCGCCCAUGCUCCGCCGCCUGUCGUCUCUCCUCACGGCGCCCGAGCUUUCGACUGCGGACCGCUUUAUUCCAAGCCACAGAAACUCUACCUCGGGGAGACUCAAGCCUGCCCUGGCCAAACCGCUCCCCAAUGCACUGCCACAAAGUCACAUAAAGGCACACACAUCGAAAAUAUACCAGCACCAUGUUGCUGAGGCUUGCGGGCUCGAUGUCAACUCCAGAAUAUUGUCCUAUAGUGUUCUUCCCCCGGAGCGUAGUAAGCCCUUGGACUUGUUCAGCCAUGUUGGCCAUAGAACGUCGGCUACUAGUCUAAGUAAAUCUCUCCGGCCCUCAUUAGCCUCUGAGAGAGCUAAGAAAAUCCCAUCCGCUCCCGAGCGUGUCUUGGAUGCUCCUAAUAUUGUAGACGACUUCUACUUAAACCUUGUCUCUUGGUCCCUGACCAACCUCAUUGUCAUUGGCCUAGAAGAUGCUGUCUAUGUAUGGAAUGCGUCUACUGGCCUGGUAGGUCUUCUCUGCGAAACAGCAGGGAAACUUGUGUCGUCGCUCCGAUGGUCUGAAGACGGGUCUUACAUCUCCAUCGGAAAAGACGAUGGCACAAUUGAAAUCUGGGACAUCGAAACAAACUCUCGGUUGCGUACAAUCUACAAUGGGUCCGUGAGCCGCGUGGCUUCGCACUGCUGGCUGCUGCAUCUUUUAACACUGGGCUCGAAAGAAGGAACAAUUUAUCACAGUGACGUGCGAGUAUCGAGCCAUCAGGUUGGCAAAAGAGAACGGACCCACGCUGCAGAAAUCUGUGGGAUCGAGUACCGCUCCGACGGACAACAAUUCGCCUCUGGAGGCAACGACAACUUGUUGGCCGUUUGGGAUGUUCGCAACAUGAACAGCGAGCCAAUAUUCAAAAAGACAAACCAUCGAGCAGCAGUCAAGGCUAUGGCUUGGUGCCCAUACCAAAGCCUGCUUCUCUGCUCCGGUGGUGGCACAAGUGAUAAAAAGAUUCACUUUUGGAACACCAGCACGGGUUCGAGAGUGAACCUGAUAGAAACCGAGUCACAAAUUUCUUCUUUAAAUUGGGGUUACGCCAAGGGUACCGGCUUUGAAGUUGUAGCUACCCAUGGAUUCCCCUCCAACAGCAUUUCUCUCUAUAAUUAUCCCACACUACAGAAGACCGGAGAAAUUGUCAAAGCACACGAUUCAAGAGUCCUUAAUGGCUGUAUGAGUCCAGAUGGAACCACGUUAGCGACUGUAGCAGGCGAUGAAAACUUGAAGUUCUGGUCACUCUUUGACUUAUACAAGCCAGGCCGGAUAGAGCUGGCCACGCAGUUGGGCUCAGAACAUGGCAAACAAAUGGACAAGCUCAUGAACAUUCGAUAA